AUGCAACCUCCACCACAGCCAGGCCGCAACAGUUCAACUCCGGAAAUGGUUGGAGGCAAACAACACAGCCGUGGCACUGAUCCAGGAACCAUGGAUCAGCGCCUGCGGCCAAAUAAAUGGACUCUCACAAAUGAGAGAGACCGUGCCGUCAAGCUUUUAGCUGACACGGCCCCGGGCCUGCCUGAAGUGGUGCUCGCCUCUGCCUAUAUGGCGGAGACUGAUGUACCACCACCGCAGGAAAUGGAACGGCUAAUCAAAUACUGCGAGCAGAGCGGCCAGCACAUCGUCGUGGCCACUGACUCCAAUGCCCACCAUCCGUUGUGGGGCUUGGAACUUGCUAAUGACAGAGGUACGAACCUAACAGACUACCUACUUAUUCACAACUAA